AGUGGCAUGGAAAGAGGCUGCGUAUCAAUCUGUAAAUUUACGGUGGAAUAAAGGAAGUAAAAACAAAAUCUUGAAAUCAUUUAAACGGUCACUAUCUUGGAUGGAGGAAGAGGUGGGGCUGGAGGCCCAGCUGGCCUGUAAGGAGAGGGAGUGGAAGGAGCUGCAGGCCCGAUGCAUCCAGCAGCUGGAAGGGUCACUGCGGGACGCCCGUGCCGAGCUCUCCACGCAGAAGCAGCGUUUCCAGCAGCUCAGGGAAGACUUCCAGUUCAACCUGCGGGUACUGGAGGAGCGGGACCGCGAGCUGGAGCGCUACGACGCCAUGGCCGCCCGCCUGCAGACCGCCGAGAGCGCCAGGCAGGCGGAGACCAGUGAGCUGCGCAUCCAGGUCAGCAAGCUGCAGGAGGCUGUUAACGUGGAGGCCAGGAAGCGGGAGGAGCUACAGAGGCAGUACCAGCAGCGGCUCGCGGAGCACAGGCUCCAGCUGGAGAGGGUGCAGAGUGUGAAGGACUCUGACAUUCAGCGACACAGAGAGGAGUACGAAACUCUGAAACACGACCUCGAGCGCAAGAUCCAGGAGGUGGAAGGGGACCUGGCGCUUCAAAAGCAGGAGCUGAUGGUGGAGUUCGAUAACGAGAUGAAGCGCAGAGAGCACGAGUUCAACCUGAAGGCUGACGAAAUGAGCAACACCGUCCUGACGCACGAACUCAAGGUGAAGCUGCUGAGCAAGGAGCUGGAGGUGCACACUCAGGCCCACAGCCAGGCCGGCGAGGCCCUGCAGGCCUGCGAGGAGCAGUGCCGUAGUGCGCAGAAGGAGAUCCAGCGCAGAGAGUGGGAGAUCAAGGACGUCACUGCCGUCAAGAAUGCCCGAAUAAAGGAGCUUGAGGACAAGAUAAGUGCAAUGGAGGCCACCCGUAAAAAAGAAGAGGAACUAUACAAUCGAAAGCACGAGGAGCUGGACCGCUGCUCGAGGGAGCGGGAGGCAGCCAUCGCCGCACUGAGGGAGGCCCACUGCGAGCAGCUCCGCCAGGCCGAGGCCAGGAGCAGGGAGCUGCAGGCCAGCCUGGACGCCCUGCUGAUGGAGAAGCGGAGGAUGGAGUGGGCCCACGCUGACGCCCUGCGGGACAAAGAGGAGCAGCAGGAGAAGCUUCGCACAGAACUGGAGAACACGCGAGCUGGCUGGGACACGUACAUCGCUCAGGUCUCCAAAGACACCGUCUCCAAGGACGUGGAGCUGCACACGCUGGCGGAGCGGGAGGUCAAGCUGCGCGCCGAGGUGCAGAGGUACCAGGAGGACGUGGAGAGGUACAAGCAGCAGCUGGCCAGCAGCGUGCAGCGGGAGCGGGCCCUGGAGCAGGCCCGCGUGCAGGCCGAGCUGGACUGGCAGCGGCGCUGCGAGGACGCCCAGGCGGGGCACUACCUGAAGAGUGAGGAGCUCAUCCAGGGUCUGACGCAGGCCCGGGACCAGGCGAUGGCUGAAGUGCGUGAGAAGGAGCGUGAGCUGCGGGAGCUGGGCGCGGUGCUGCACAGCGUGACUCUGGAGAGGGACCAGGCCCUGCAGAGGACGGGACACCAGGGGCCACGGGCUGAAGGUAGCACCUUCCCCUCCGAGGAGAUCCGGCGCCUGCAGGAGCAGAACAGCACCCUGCGGGCGGCCAUCGCCGAGAUGAGAAAGGACAUGGAGAGCCUGAGCGAGCAGCUUCCCGCAGCCAGCGGAGGCCCUCAGACCAUCCCAGCAGAUGCAGCUGUGGGGACUCAGGAGUACAGCCAGGCCCUGGAGGAGGAGGUGAAGGAGUUGAAGACCCGAUGCAGGCGUCUGGAAGACCAGCUGGAGGAGGCGCACAAGGUCCCCAGCUCCGCCCCCAUCCCAGUUCCAGCGCUGCCCGUUAGCGCAGACAACGCCUACCUCCAAAAUCACAUCCGUUCCCUCAAUGAGACCAUAGGUGGGCUACGAGCGGAGAAGGUGUCUAAUGCAGCAGCUCUGCGAAAACAGGAAGUGAGGGUCGCCCAUUUGGAGUCUGCCCUGUCCCAGCUCACACAGCAGAUUCAUUCAAAACAGGUGGAGAGUGAUGAGCUGCGAUUCGAGUUGGCCAAUCAGAAGAAGCGGGCAGCUGCAGAAGAGGCGGGGCUGAGGCAGAGAUUGGCUGCCGUGGAGAUGGAGCUGGAUGGGGUGAAGCGAGAGGCAGAGGAGUACCAGAGGGGCAGCCUGCUGCAGAACUUAGAGGCCGUGGCUCUGGGUAACCAGGUUUCUGCACUGAAGCUGGAUAUUGCAAGUCAAAGAGAGCCUAUUGUUGUCGAGCAGAGCGCAGUAAUGAGGCAGCUCCAGGAGGAGAACCUGCGACUGCGGCAGCAGCUGCUAGGCCAGGGCUCCGGGGACAGGGCGGCCAGCGUGCCGCUGCUCAGGUCCAAGCUCAAGCAGGCCGCGCGCUGCAUCUCCCAGCUCACCCAGGACAAGCUGCAGCUCAUCGAGAUGGGCAACCGGCUCCGCGCCAGGCUGGCCGAGGCGGGCUUAGAUGCACGUCACAGCACCUGCGUAGCAGAGAAGGCGGGCCGAAAGGGGUUAACGGACAGAGGAAGUGACAGCGGCUUCUCCCCGCCCCUCCUCUCUUCCCUGCCAGACACACAGCUCUCUGGGCCGGCCCAGAAAGUGUUUGUGGCCCCUGAGAGUCACUCCUCAGGAGGCAAAACUCAGGAGCAGCAGGGUCGUCUGUCUGCUCUGGAGAAGCUACAGUACAGACUCACCACACAGGAGCUUCAGUAUGCCCAGCUAAUGCAGAGGAAAAAAAGCCCUAAAACAGCACAGUCCCACAUCUCUGGGGAAGAGAGCAGGGACAGUCAGAGGACUGUCAAUCCCUGGGUCCAGCAAAGCAAGAGUGACAGCAGACAUGAGCUGAAUACCAGAGGCAAGAAGGAGAACACGCCCCCAGAGAUCAACCAAUCACAGACAGUUGUGCAGCAGGAGCAAGUCCAGCGGAGCUCUGGAAUGGGGCGCCCCUCCAGCCCCUUUCAGCCUCUAAUAUCAUCUGUGGGCACAGACAGCUCCCUGCAGGACGUCUGGGAGAUGCUGGAGAGGGGCUCGGAUUUGUCCACCCUCACAGCCAGCCAUAACAAUGACAGAGGAGGAGAGCAUGAAAGGAGCAGAGAGGCUACUCAGGGCCCCAGCGACCCAGGCCCAGAGGGACCUGUGAGAGUGCAGGGCACCAGAGCAGCUGUUCAGGAGAGGAAGAAGCCAGGGAAGACACGUGCUGGAUCUACCACGAAGCCAAGAGCUCCUGGGAAGACUGUCAAGAUAAGAAACUACAACAUCAAGGACUAA